AUGGCGUUUUCCUCUUCCCUGUCCCACUACCAUCCCUGCUUCCUCCCCCGUGGCCAGCUCCUCCGCCGGCUACCCACUUCCACUGCGGCCUUCGCUUCCCUCAAGCACGGCGGCGCCGCCGGCCUCGACCUGGGUUUCACCUCCAGGGACCUCCUCGGGGCCCUCCGCCGUCAGAAGGACGCCGAAUCGGCGCUCCAGGUGUUCGAAUGGGCCUGCAACCAGGAGAGCUUCGUCCCAACCAGCUCCGUCUGCGAGGAGAUCCUCUCCCAGCUCGGGAGGGCCGGCUCCUUCGACGAGAUGCGGGCCGUUCUGCGGCAGGUCCAGCGAUCCGGCGGCAAGCUCGAGCCGGGCACUUUCCUGGUCUUCAUCGAGAGCUACUCGAGGCUGCUGCUCUUCGACGAAGCUGCCGCCGUCGUGUUGGAGUUCAUGGAGGAGUUUGGGGUUUCACCAGACACCCACAGCUUCAACUUCUUGCUGAACGUUCUCGUGGAGGAGAACCAGCUGAAGCUGGUGGAGACGGUGUACGCCGCCAUGAGCGGCCGGGGAGUUCCCCCGGACGUCUCCACCUUCAACAUCAUCAUGAAGGCGAUGUGCAGAGCCCACCAGAUGAAGCCCGCCAUGGCCAUGAUGGAGGAGAUGUCGGGCUACGGCCUGAUGCCGGACGAGAUCACCUUCACGACCCUGAUGCAGGGUUUCAUCGAGGAAGGGAGCAUGGAGGCGGCGCUGAGGCUGAGGAAGAGGAUGGGGAAGAUGGGGUGCGCCCCCACGGCGGUCACCGUCAACGUGCUGGUCAACGGGUUCUGCAGGGAGGGGAGGAUAGAGGACGCUCUGAGCCUGGUUCAGGAGGAGUCAACGAAGGGGUUCAGCCCGGAUAAGUUCACCUUCAACACCCUGAUCAACGGGCUCUGCAAGACGGGCCACGCCAUGACGGCGCUAGAGAUCCUGGACGUGAUGCUCCAGGAGGGCUUCGACCCCGAUCUCGUCACCUACAACACGCUGCUCUCGGGGCUCUGCAAGUCCGGGGAGAUGGAGGAAGCCAUCGCGGUUCUGAACCAGAUGGUGGAGAGGGACUGCUUGCCCAACAUGGUCUCCUACAACACCCUGAUUAGCACCCUCUGCGCGAGCGGCAGGAUCGAGGAGGCCAUGGAGCUCGCGCGAGCUCUCACCGUGAAGGGCCUCCUGCCGGACGUGUGCACCUUCAACGCGCUGAUCAAUGGCCUCUGCAAGGACGGGAACCACAAGAUCGCCAUGGAGCUGUUCGAGGAGAUGAAGAACAGCGGGUGCCCGCCGGACGAGUUCACCUACAACAUCCUGAUCGACCAUUUCUGCUCCAAUUCUCGGCUCGGGAGGGCCCUGGAGCUGCUGAGGGAGAUGGAGGAGAAGGGCUGCGCCCGCAGCGUGGUGACCUACAACACCCUCAUCGAUGGCCUCUGCAAGAACCAGAGGAUCGAGGACGCCGAGGAGGUGUUCGACCAAAUGGAGCUCCACGGGGUCUCUCGCAAUGUGGUGACCUACAACAUCCUCAUCGACGGUCUGUGCAAGGACCGGAGGGUGGACGAGGCCACGGAGCUCAUGGACCAGAUGAUCGUCGCGGGGAUGAAGCCCGACAAGCUCACCUAUAACUCCCUGUUGUCCUUCUACUGCAGAGGGGGGAAUAUCAAGAAGGCGGCGGAUAUUGUCCAGACGAUGACCUCAAAUGGGUGCGAGCCGGACAUGGUGACCUACGGAACCCUAAUCUCCGGGCUCUGCAAAGCGGGGAGAACCCAGGUCGCCGCCAAGCUCCUGAGGACGAUCCUCAUGAAAGGAAUGGCCCCCACGCCAAAGGCCUACAACCCCGUCAUCCAGGCGCUGUUCAAGCAAAACAAGACCAGGGAGGCCGUGAGACUCUUCAGGGAGAUGACGACCAAGGGACGGCCUGCGGACGCUCUGUCGUACAAGAUCGUCUUCCGGGGGCUCUGCCGAGGGGGGGGCGCCAUUGGAGAAGCGGUGGAUUUCUUGGCGGAGAUGACGGAGAACGGGUUCCUGCCGGAGUUCGCCACCUUCUCCAUGCUCGCCGAGGGCCUGCUCGCGCUGGCCAUGGAGGACUCGCUCGUCAAGGUCGUCGACCGCGUCAUGGACCGGGCCGGCUUUUCGGGCGGCGAAGCCGAAAUGGUCAGGGGGUUCUUCAAGGUCCGCAAAUUCCAUGAUGGCCUGGAAAGGUUCGGGCAGCUCCUCGAGGCAAGAAGACCAAGAAAUUCCUACCAGUGA